GCAUGAAGGCAGAGUGUGUUGGAGCCAAGGCUGAAGAUGGGGUCCCGUCUCUGGGGUCGAAGCCCUGGGCAGCCCUGGAGGGUAGUUUGGUCUCUGUUGGGACGGGCCGUGCCAAGAUUAGUCUGGGAUCGGACAACAAGGCUUUAUGAAGAAGAUGAAGAGAUGCUGGUUCUGACAUGCAAUGAUGAAUUGAAUCGAACCUACACCGAGGGUGAAAGAUCGCCUAUUAAAAGCGUCAAAAGCAGAAAUAAUCCCCAGAGUGAUGACACCAAAGAAAGCCAAUCAUCCACAGGUGAAAAUGGACAGGUUUUCACACAUGAAGAUGACAAAACCUUGAAGGAUAAACACAAAAGUCUAAGAUCCACUGUUAAUCCCAGGCUGGAGAGUCCAAUGUUUGAAGAAACUGGAGCUGAUGUACUCUCCACAUCUGUUGACAUCACUUCCGCAAACUCCUGUCCAAUCAAAAAUACAAAAGGCUUUGGCAAGGAAAAACAAUUGUCUGAGAUGCAAGGUAACAAGAGGGAGAAGAAUUUAAGUUUAAACCAGAAUCCAGAGAAAAUGAGUACUUUCUGCAUGGUACAGAGGUCUUCUAGAGGGAGACUCUCUGGCGAUAGAAAUAAGGAAAACGAAGAAGAUGAAAUGACGAGCACUCAUAAGCUAUUCAUUUCACUUCAAAAAGAGCAUGUCACCACAAAUCUGGCCUCUCCAGUUCAGAGCCUCGGCACUGAUGCCACAGCUCUGAAUUCCCACCCCACCAUCACGGCCUGGGAGGCGAGCUGGAACGUCACAAAUGCCAUCCAGGGUAUAUUUGUAUUGGGAUUGCCAUUUGCUCUGGUUCAAUCAGGUUAUAUGGGGUUGAUGGUGCUUGUUCUAUCAGCCUGGGUCUGCAACCACACAGGAAGGAGGUUGGUGGCCUGUUUGUACGAAGAGGAACUCAGCUCUGUGUCAAAAGUCAGAGUCCGACACAGCUACCAGGAUAUCAUGGACGCCUGCUGUAAAGGACUGUGGCCAAACUGGUCAGUAGUUGGAGGAUGGAUGAUCAAUAUAGCCCAGGUAAUUGAACUGCUGAUGACCUGCACCCUGUAUCUGCUUGUUUCCACCACUCUGCUGUGUGACAGUCUGUCAGCAGUGGCUCCUCCCAGAUCAGCGUGUUCACUGAUGUCGCUGAUGUUCCUUCUGCCCUGCUUGCUGCUAACUGAUCUCAGACCAGUCUCCAUGCUCAGCCUGCUCUGCUCCCUGGCUCACAUACUGAUAAGCCUGUUAGUCAUAUUGUACUGUCUGAGUUGUGCCAGCAACUGGUCCUGGUCCUUCCUCUCCCUCUCUGUGGACCCAGAAGACUUCAUUGUCUCAGUAGGUGUCAUCAUCUUCUCCUACACCUCGCAGAUCUUCCUCCCUGCAUUAGAGGGGAGCAUGGAGAAUAGAAGGCAGUUUGACACCAUGCUGGGGUGGACCCAUGGAGUUGCAUGCAUCAUGAAAACUACUUUUUCAUUACUGGCGGUGUUGACUUGGGGACCAGAGACCAGUGAAGUCAUCACUGACAACCUGCCCCCUAACCUUCGACCUGUUGUCAAUCUGUGUCUUCUUGCAAAAGCUCUUCUGUCCUACCCUCUGCCCUUCUACUCCGCUGCUGAAAUUCUUCAAACAUGUUUGCUUAGAGAUGCUUCCCUCUCAUCUUCUUCCAAACAGAGAAGUCAAGGAGUCUCUUGUCCAACUGUGAUGGUUCGUGGCGCCUUGUUGUUGUCUUCGUACUUGCUGUCCCUGCUAGUGCCCAGGUUUUCCCUGCUAAUGGGGCUGACAGGGAGUGUGACUGGAGCAGCGAUGACACUCAUACUUCCAUGUCUGUUUCAUCUCAAGCUGCAGUGGGGAAGACUCACUGUGCAGGACCGACUGAUAGAUAUGUCUAUUCUGAGUCUGGGGGUUGUAUGUAGUGUUGCUGGUGUGGUUUGUUCAGUGAAAAGAAUGUUGGGAGACCUUUAAGACGUUUAACUAAAUUAAGUUAGAAAAUAAAUUAAACAGGUAAUUUUGGGUAGUUUUUUUGUGAGUGUUAUGUUACCAAUCUUACUUUGUUUUACCAUAUUUUUUAUUUCUAAAUGGAAAGUGAUCUUUCUUUCUCUAGAGGUCAAAGUUGUUCAAACCCUUGAAAGAAAUCGUGUGCAUUCAGAAAGGACUAUUUAAACAGACCCUGCAGGAAAAUGGAACAUUUUUAAUGAAAAUUGGUUAACCUCUCAAAUAUAGUUUAUUCUGUAAAUAAGUGAAAAUACUGUAUUUAUAUCACAGAAUACAUUAUACUAACCGAGUAGCUAAAACACACAAAAAUUUAAGCAUGUGUGUAAUGGUGAACCUUGACUAAAAUAUGUGACUGGAGAGUAAAUGAGUAUAAAAUCG